AUGUACUUCGAUGGCUCCAGUACCGAGACCAGAUCUGGGGCCGGGGUCGUGAUCGAGUCCCCCCAAGGACAAAGGUGGCAAUUUGCGUUCCAGCUUGAUUUCAAAUGCACCAAUAAUAAGGCCGAAUAUGAAGCACUCAUCAUCGGUCUUGAAAUUCUAAAAGAAAUGAAGGCGACUCGUGUCCUGGUCUACGGUGAUUCUCAGCUGGUAAUUAACCAACUGACCGGGGAAUACCAAUGCACGAGCGAGAAUUUAACGGCCCUCAAUACGGCCGACGAAUUUUCUAGGAUCUCCUUUGUUCACGUACCGCGCGCCGAAAACCAUGAGGCCAAUGAGAUGGCCCAGGUAGCGUCAGGUGUGAACAUUUCCGACAAUCGCGUGAUAAGGAUCGAGAAGCGUACCCUGCCGGGCUUUGGCCGAGCGAGGAAUGACGGCGCAAGUAUCAUCAGCUGA